GACAUAAGCUGGAAGAAUUGUCACACUCCCUCAAAGCGGCAUCCUGUUACAGUAACACCUACGUUAGCCACAAAAGGCUUUAGGGCAACACAAAGAGAUCCCAUGAAGCUGCUUAUUAUAAAAUCAGGCAAGCUAAGAAUUGUAAAUCAGAUGAUGCUUGAUAUUUUUCUUGAUCAUGACUACCUGUGAUUACGCUGUUUGCGUGGGUGGUCCUUGUGGCCCUAGUGUCGAUUGCUCGAGCAAUUCAAAGUGCGUUCUUCUGAAAGACUGUAACAAGGAUAUUCAUGGACACAAGAAGCUGCUUAACAUAUCAGACAAGUCUCUUCAAACUGAGUUUGAACUUCUUCUUGCUAGAGCUGGCCUAUUCGAGAAUGGAGUUUUAUAUGACAGCUUGACGAUUUGCCCUCGUCACCGAGACCUCCACGGGAUACGGUUCCGCCUCAACAAAAAGUAUUGCGUUGUGCCUGCAACAUGGGCCGAUCACAGGAGCGCCAAUCCUUUGGGUGAUAAGGGGAUUACAUUUCUCCAGUCAAAGGCACUGCAAGCGAAAGUCCACCAGCUUAUCCCAGUUGGUUCGCCUAAGUAG